AUGUCGCUCAGGGACCUGGUGGCCGGCCCCGGGGGCGGCGGCUCUUGCGCCGUCCCCGACGAGCGCGCUUCCUCCACCAAUCCCCUCGGCAGACUCGCCGACGCGGUCCUCGGCGAUCGCAAGGGGCGGCACCCGGAGCACGUCGGGCCGAGGGGCGCUGGACCCGGAUCGCCCGGGCCCGGCGCUUUCGCCGACCAGUUCCUCAGCGAGCAGCGGCUGCGAGGGAACCUGCUGGGAGGAGACGACGCGGGUUUCAGCGCGCUCCCGGGGCAGUAUCGCGGGACGCCCGGCGGUCCGCGGGAGGGAGGAUGGGCGGCGGAAUUCCAGCAGCAGCGCGGCGCGCCCGAGGGCUACCUGUCCCGCGCCCCUCGAGACUUGGGCGCCCCGCCGCCGAUGACCCCCCCCGUCGCGCCGGAGCAUCCCGCGCUCACCGCCGCGCUUCACUCCGCGGUGGCGGAUCCGUCCAUCGCGCCCGCGUCCGCCUCCACCCCGCCGCCGCGUGACCUCACCCUGACCCCGCGGGAGAAGACGGUCAUCCGCAACCGAAGCGCGAUCAUGGCGAGGCACGUCCACGGCAUGGCGCCCGAGCACGCCCUUCGCGCGAGGCUCGGAGCCGCCCUGUCGCCGCUCUCGAUCGACCCGACGCCCGAGGGCGCCAUGGACGGGCCGAGGCAGUUCACGAUGGGGGGACACCCGAACGGUCCGGCGCUCGCGGACGCCAGCGCGGACUCGCGAGCGGGCUGGGUCCACGACUUUCGCCGCAACGAAAACAACCAGUUCCAGCACCAACACCCGCUUCAUCACCAACACCCGCAGCAGCAGCAGCAGCGCGGGGCGCGGUGGGCCGAUGAUUUCGCCGCGAUGUCCCUUAACCCCGGGGCGAACGCCGUGCAGUGGACCGAGGAAUACAGCGGUCGGAGAGCGUCGCCGCGGGUGGACGAGAUUGCGCCGGCGGCGGCUGACGGCGUUCGGUCCGACGCGACCGCGGAUACGUGGGCUGAGGAGUUCAACGCGGCGAUGCCCGGCGGGGAGUGGGCGCGCGAGUUUCGGCGGGAGCAGGACGCGCGGGAACAGGGACGCGCGGCGGGUGCCGAACGGGCGCACGUGCCGACGGAGGCGCAGGCGGAGACUGCGGCGCACGCCGGUCGAAUCGCCGAGACGAUGUCGAGCGACCAAAAUCCCAAGUUUCAAAACUCUCAAUUUCUCAACUUCAUGUCCCGGAUGAGCCGCGGGGAGACGGUGGUGGAGGGAAACGACGUCGUAGAGGUGACCCCGGGUGCCCAACAAGGGAGCGCGGCGGGUGAGCGAUGGGGCGAGGAGUUUGCGCGGGCGCGGGGCGGCGGCGACUGGGCGGCUGAGUUUGCCGCCGCCGGGGGACCCGCGGCUGAUUGGGCGCGCCAGUUCCAACAGAAUCAGUCCGUCGCGCAGCGCGACCGGGACCCGGCGCAAGGGUGGGCGGACGAGUUCGCGGACGUGCCCGAGGAGUGGGCUGCCGAGUUUGAGGAGAUGAAGCGGGGUAACCCCGACUGGGCGCUGGAAAACGUCUGGGACCAGAUCGAGUCGGAGGGCGCGGCGCUCCGAAACGCCGAGCGCUCGCACUACCAGUUCACGGAUCCUAACCCUUACCUCGGACGUAAGGACGCGCUCGAGGUUGGCAGGGAUCUGUUCCGAAGGGGCGUUCUCAGCGAGGCGGCGCUCGCCCUCGAGGCGGCUGUCAGGGCGGAUCCCAAGCUCGUCGAAGGCUGGCGGCUGCUCGGCACGGUUCACGCCGAGAACGACGACGAUCGCAAGGCCAUCGCCGCGAUGACCAAGGCGAACGAGGCGGACCCGAACAACCUCGAGGUUCUCCUAUCCCUGGGCGUCAGCCACACCAACGAGCUCGACCAGGACGAAGCCGUCGGUCACAUGCGCGCGUGGCUUCGCAACCAGCCGAGGUUCAGGGCGCUGGAGGCGGAGCACGCGUCGGCCCUCGGACGCACCGGCGGCGUCGAUACCCCCGCAUCGGUGCUGGAGCUCUUCAAGCGCGCCGCGUCCGCCGCGCCGAGAGACGCGGACGUCCACGCCGUCCUCGGCGUCCUCGCGCACCUGUGCCGCGAUUACGACGCCGCCGUCGACGCGUUUAACCGGGCGCUCGACAUCGCGCCGAACGAUUACUCGAUGUGGAACAAACUCGGCGCCACGCAGGCUAACAGCGCCCGGUCCGCGGACGCCAUGGCGGCGUACCAGAGAGCCUUAGACCUCAAGCCCAACUACGUUCGCGCGUGGUGUAACAUGGGCAUCGCGUUUGCCAACCAGGGCAAGUACGCGGAUAGCGUCGCGUAUUACGUCCGGGCGCUGAGUCUUAACCCGCAGGCGGAGAGUGCGUGGGGGUACCUGCGCAUAUCGCUGGGUUGCUGCGGGAGGAUCGAGCUGAUGGAGGCGGUGGACAGGAAGGACCUGGAGCUGCUGCAGCGCGAGUUUCCGCUGUGAUGAGCGCGAAUGGUUUUAAUUAAAAAUCCCCAAACUUUCGCG